AUGAAGUUCAACCCCUUCUUGACCUUGAACAGCAGCAAGAACCGCAAACGCCACUUCAACGCGCAGUCGCACGUGCGCAGGAAGAUCAUGUCGUCCCCGCUGUUCAAUGAGCUGCGGCAGAAGUACAACAUCCGCUCCAUGCCCAUCCGCAAGGACGACGAGGUCCAGGUGGUCCGAAAACACUACAAAGGUCAGCAGAUUUUCAAGGUAGUGCAGGUGUACAGAAAGAAAUACGUCAACUACAUCGAGCAGGUGCAGCGUGAGAAGGCGAAUGGCACAACCGUCCACGUGGGAAUUCACCCGAACAAGGUGGUUAUCACCAGGCUCAAACUGGACAAAGACCGGAAAAAAAUUGUUGAACGCAAAGCCAAGUCUCCACAGGUUGGAAAAGAGAAAGGCAAAUACAAGGAAGAACUCACUGAGAAAAUGCAGGAGUGA